AUGGGAAUCAAGGGUCUGAUGAAGCUGUUACAGGAGGAGGCACCAUCCUGCAUCAAGGAGGUGGAGAAGAUGUCGGCGCUAGCGGGACAUGCUGUCGCAAUCGACGCCAGUAUGGCGCUGUAUCAGUUUCUUAUCGCGAUUCGAUCUGCUGAUGGCGGCGGUCCAUCCCAGGCUCUGACAAAUGCAGACGGAGAGGUGACGUCCCACCUUCAGGGCAUGUUCAGUCGUACUAUCCGCAUGAUGGAGAACGGUUUAAAGCCCGUUUACGUCUUUGAUGGAAAGCCUCCUGUCAUGAAGAGCGGUGAAUUAGCUAAACGCAGUGACCGCCGACAAGAGGCGCAGAAGGCACUUGAGGAGGCUACAGAAAAGGGGAUUGCUGAGGAUAUUGACCGUUUUAAUAAACGCUUGGUUCGCGCUACGCCGCAACAUAAUGCGGAUUGUGUGGAGCUUUUAAGUUUGAUGGGCGUGCCACACAUCAUAGCUCCGUGCGAAGCUGAAGCCUCGUGUGCUGAACUUGCGAAAGGUGGUCACGUGUAUGCAGCAGGCACGGAGGAUAUGGACGCUUUGACUUUCGGUGUGCCAGUGCUCUAUCGACGUCUGACUGUGUCACCUGCAAAAAAAAUUCCGAUCCUAGAGAUUCGUUUGGAGCGCGCUCUUCAGGAACUCGGGCUUACUUAUGAGCAGUUUGUAGACCUUUGCAUUUUGUGCGGAUGUGACUAUUGCGACUCGAUUCGUGGAGUGGGUCCGAAAAAGGCAUACGCAGGAAUCAAAGAGCACAAAAAUAUUGAGAAUUAUAUUGAACAUUUGCGGACGCACAAGAGUAAAGGUGUCAUUAUUCCUGACGAAUGGUUAGGAGAAAAUCCCAUUUACAAGAAUGCACGCGAAAUGUUUAUUCAACCUGAAGUUGUUGAUACUAAGAAAGCAAAGAUCAAGUGGAGUGACCCACAAGAGACCGAGCUGCUGGACUUUCUUGUCAAGAAGCAUGGCUUUCAAAAAGAUCGAGUGCUUUCGGCCAUCAUGCGAUUGAAGAAAUCUAAAAGCACGCAAUCGCAAAAGCGACUCGACAGCUUUUUCAAAUGGUUGUCGCUGGCAAUUCUAUUUAGAUCCUUUCCAUCAGGUCAGUCACAUCGUUUUAAUUUUACCUCUCCAAAUAUGGCGCCAUUUCUCAAACAUGAAAAGAGUUCACUCACGUACGAAACAAUUAUGAAACAACAAGUGUUUCCAGCCGCAUAUGCACUAUCUUGCACGAUAUUGUUGCCAAGUAAAGAGAUUUUACUGUAA